GUACAGUUGUAGGGAGUAUUAUAUGUGCUCAUUAUGUUCUUCACGGUCACGAUCUUUUUAGAGGAUUUCAUCCCAACCUGGCAACCCACAUCCACUGUCGUAAAGACAACAAACUCACUUACGGCGCGUGUCUAUCCCGGAAGUGUCACAGUUGGACAGUUGGACAGUUGGACACAAACAGCUCCGGAGACAAAAACAAAAACAAAACAAAACAAACGGGACAAAUGUGAAGCGGCCGCGUCAUGUCCCCUGUCCCCCGGGCCACGCCGCUCCGAGCCCCCGCCCGGUGUGAGGCCCCGAGGAGCCCCGGAAAUAAAACUCUGACCUGAGCGAAAAGAAGAAGGAAAAGAAAGAAAAGAAAGAAGAAAGAAAGAAGAAAGAAGACAGGACCCGGAACCAAGACUCGGAACCAGGACCCGGAUCCAAGACCCGGAACCAAGACCCGGACUUCUGCCCGUGUGUUUGUCCCGUGUGUUUGUCCCCGUGUGUUUGUCCCGUGUGUCUGUGUCCGUCCCGGGGCAGAUGCGGCCUGGGGCCCUGGGCCCCUGAGCUCGGACAUGUGGCUGCAGCAGAGGCUGAAGGGGCUCCCGGGCCUCUUGUCUUCUUCGUGGGCGCGGCGGCUGCUCGUGGGGCUGCUCCUCUUCAUCAUCUUCUCGUGGUACUUGGGGGGGGAGCGCGGGUGGCCGCGGUUCCUGAGCGGCGGCGCGGCCCCCGGCGGGGCCCCGGGCCAGUGUCUGCAGGCGGAGAUCCACAGGUGGAGGUCUGUGGUGGAGCGGGGGGAGGGGGUCUACACCGCCCCCCACGAGCCGCUCGACACGCCCUUUGUGUCAGGAAAUGGACACCUGCUCAUGGACCUGGACUCUAACCGUCUGUGGGUGUCGGGCUCGUCGUCGGCCGGCUCCGCCCCCGUGCACCAGACGCAGUUCUGCCCGCGGGUGCGCGUGCGGGUGGAGGGGCAGCGGGCGGAGGCCAGGGCCAGUCUGCUGUGGUUCCGGAAGGGGGCGGUCCUGUCGGUGCGCUGCGUGUCCUCGGGCCCCGGGGACUGCGUCACCGUCAGGGAGGAGUUCAUGGCUCACCGCAGCCUCCCCAACCUGCUCAUCCAGAGGGUCCACGUGAACAACCCCACGGAGCGCCCGGCGUCCCUCGAGCUGUCCAACCAGACGCCGCCGGGACACUUCUCCAGCAGCGUGGAGAAGCUGGAGGACGCCGACGUGCUCGUGUCCUCCGGCCGCGUCCAGCUCGAGAAGAACCGCCUGGUGCUGGUGGUGGUGGUCUCCAGGAAGGUCGGGCCCCGGGUCCAGGUCCCCGCCAAGUCGGAGCACUGGGAGAACCUCCUGUCGGUGGUGAGGACGUCGGAGCCGAUGAUGGCGUCCAGACUCGAGGAGACGUUCAGUUCGCUCAAGGACGAGGCCAAGAAAGAACUGAUGGAACUUCUGCGGCUCAGCGUCGAAGAGCUCGUCCUGCACCACCAGCAGGCCUGGACCGACCUCUUCAUCUCAGGUGUGGAGAUGAGGCGGAUCACAGACUCUCACACUCCGUCGAGCCGCACGGUGAACUCGACUCUGUUCUACACUCUGAGCGCGAGUCCGGCCCCUCUGCUCGACCUGCGCCUGGGCCCCGACGAGCGCUCGCGCCUCGAGUCCAGCCUCAACUACGCCGACCACUGCUUCAGCGGCCACGCCACCAUGCACGCCGAGAACCUGUGGCCCGAGCGCCUGAGCAGCGCCGCCCACAUCCUGCAGCUGGUGACGCUGUGGACGCUGACGCUGCAGAAGCGCGGCUGUAAGGCGCUGGUGGCGGCCGGGGCCCACGGCGUCGUCCAGGCCAUGGUGCUGAGCUUCGGCGGGCUCCAGUUCACCGAGAACCACCUGCAGUUCCAGGCCGACCCCGACGUGCUCCACAACAGCUACGCCCUGCGGGGGAUCCACUACAACCAGGACCUGCUGAGCCUGGCCGUGCUGCUGGACGUGGAGGGGAAGCCCUUCCUGCACGUGUCGGUGAAGCCGCAGGAGAAACCGGUGAAGCUCUACGCCUGCGAGGCCGGAUGCAUGAACGAGCCCGUGGAGCUCACCUCCGAGCUCAAAGGACACACGUUCCCCGUGAUGGUGACGCAGCCCAUCACCCCCCUGCUCUACAUCUCCACCGACCUGCGCCACCUGCAGGACCUGCGCCACACGCUGCACCUCAAGGCCAUCCUGGCCCACGAGGAGCACAUGGCGAACCGGUACCCGGGUCUGCCCUUCCUCUUCUGGUUCAGUGUGGCUUCCCUCAUCACGCUCUUCCAUCUGUUCCUCUUCAAACUCAUUUACAACGAGUACUGUGGCCCCGGGGCCAAGCCGCUCUUCAGGAGUAAGGGCUCCAGGAGCGAGGACGAGGUCAGGAUGUCUGUGUGAAGCUCCGGUCCUGGAGCCGCUCGGGUCCAUCUGCUCUGAGCUCAGAGUUUGAAGAAAAACCUGAGAUAUUUGUUCCUCGUGAGCAAAUGUCACGUCACUGAAGCUGUGAAACGUGUGAAAUAAAUGAAGUUUAAUUCACUUGAGUGUGGCUCCUGUGGCUCGUGACACAUGGAGCUCAACAGCGACACCUGCCUCCUGCUGACGGGACGACACUUCCACUCACAGAGUUUAAAAUAAUUAAUAUUAAACAUUUUAAAGCUCAGGGCCAAUCAGCUCAAAACAUGAAACCUUUAAUCAAACAUCUGUUUGUGAAACUUUAGAAUCUAAAUUAUUUAAACUUUUCCCUGAAUCUCAUUUUUUAAAUCAGCUUUUUGGACUUAAUUAUUUUCCAUAAUAUGAUUGUUUUUAACACGGAGCUGGUUUGUCUCUGAACUCUUUAUAUUGGAUUUUUUUAAAAAGUCUUUGUGAAAAGUGAAUGGAGUUUUUCCUUCUGGACCCAGACUCUGUGUUGAUCCGUCAAGACGCUGAGGCGGAGUUUUCCUCCGGGCCACAGGGGGCAGACGGACAAACUCCUGCUCAACAUUUAAGCCUGAAUAAAGCUCUAAAGUUCUGGAGGCUCAUUCUAAA